CCGCCCGCCCGCCCGUCCGCCAGCGAGCGAUCGAUCCCUCGAGCCAGGCGGCAGUCCCGGACGCGGUGCGGACCGAGGAGCCCCGGCGUUACGCGGCGGCGGCGGCGGCGAAGCAGGCCGGCCGGCCUCUCCGGGGCCCGCGCUCCUUGCCCAUGCGGGGCCGGGCGCGGCGCCUGCCCCGUCGCCAGCCGGGCGCGCAGCCAUGAGCCAGGCGGAGUUGUCGGCCCCCCGCGCGGCGCCCAGCCAGCGCGUCUUCCAGGAGGCGGUGCGCAAGGGCAACACGGCUGAGCUCCACUCGCUGCUGCAGAACAUGAGCAGCUGCGAGUUCAACGUGAACUCUUUCGGGCCCGAGGGCCAGACGGCGCUGCACCAGUCGGUGAUCGACGGCAACCUGGAGCUGGUGAAGCUGCUGGUCAAGUUCGGCGCGGACAUCCGGCUGGCCAACCGCGACGGCUGGAGCGCCCUGCACAUCGCCGCCUUCGGGGGCCACCAGGACAUCGUCCUCUACCUGAUCACCAAGGCCAAGUACUCGGCCGCCGGCGGGGGAGGCGGCGCGGGGGGCGGCAGCCGCGGUUGAGCGCGCUCCUGUAGCUCCGUCCGGCGGCGCCCCGAAAGCCCUCCGGUCCGGCCUCCGUCCAGCGAGCCCGCCUGGAGGACUGAGCCCUGCGCCGCUUCCCGAGAGAUGCGCGCCGUUGGCCGGCCAGCGCCGCCACUCGGGCAGAGGAGACUCGAGCGCCGGCCCUGCCCGCCCUUCGGGAGCCGCCGCGCUUCGUCCCGCCGCCGCUCUGCCUCUCAUCUACCUCGGUUCUUCCACAGUGUUGGCUCUCCCGCUCGCUCGCUCCUUCCUUCCUUGGGGCCGAUCAGCUGCUGCCCACCGAGCCCCGGACCUGCUUCCCUGCCGCCCAGCAGCUGCCACGGCCGCUCCCCUCCCAGCCAAGCCGUGGGGCGCUUUCCGCGGCAGAGGACCGACCUCCGGCUCUUGCUCCGGAGCAAGACGUUCGCCGCUUUUGUCUGGUGUCCAGACCGAAAUCGCCCCUUCCCGCCGCAGCCCCCCCCCCCCCCGCCUCCCGCUCGCUCUUGCCCUUCUGGCCGUCUUUUGAUCAGCUCCACCGGAGGGCAGGAGAGCUUUUCUUCUUCUUCUUUUUCCCUCCCCUCUUUCAAAAAGGGUGAAUUUCGCCCGGCCUCUUUCAACGGAGAAGGGGGGCGCCUUAGGAAGCGUCUCCGGGAAGAUCGAGGGCGCCCCCUGCUGCUGAUGGAGGGAAAGCAAACUACUGAAAACCGAACCUUUCGAAGGAGGCGAUUUCCAUGCGGGGGUCGCUUCCGAAAGGAGAAGGGGCGCCGUGCUCCGAAACUGACUGCCCGUGUGCCUUCGAUGCUGCUCUUGAGUCUCUGCCUGGUGUGAUGCGCCCAGGCAGCCCCCAUGAAUGUCGAGGAAGUCACCCGCCUCUUCUGCCCCCUUUUCGUGUGCACUAGAGAGAGAGAGAGAGAGAGAGAGAGAGAUAAAUAUCCCUUUCACUGCCAUAUCACCUGCGCCUCUUCUCCCCCCCCCACCCUCAAAUAGCCAUUAAACCUUUUAAAAUAGAGUUUUUCACUGUGUUUGGGCUGCGCGUUUAAGUAUUUAUCUUGUACGUCUGCAAGGAUGUGUGUGAACAUGAAUAAUUUGUGACGAGCGUUUUUGUUUGAAGGGAUGUUUAUUUUGGUAGUUCAGAAAAAUGCAGUUUUUUUGGGGGGGUUGCUAUUACGUAUAUUUCUUCCCUAAUUACCCCACCCCACCCCAUUGCACUGAGUUAUUUCCUAUCUCCCGGUUUCUCCAUGCAUGCCCUCCCCAAAAAAGGGAGCCUGUUUUCUCCAGCCCCCUCCUCACUUACUCUUCCUGGUUGGUUUGUAAGAAUGACCGUUGGGGCUUCACUAGCCCUGGUGAGAAUUGCUGUGGGUGGGUUGCGGGGCCCCUCCUGACAGCAGCUUUUAGUUUGUUCUUGCUGGGGGAGAACCAGUUCCUUUUUUUCAACUUUGAGGGGGGCUGUUUUUAUAGUUGCACAUGAUUUCUUUUUGUCUUAAAAACAGAUUUGCCACAAUAAAAUGUCAUAACAUUUAUGGCAUAAUUAUUAAAUAAGAAAAAAGUAGCUUGUGUUCAGAAAUCCAAGAUCAGAUUUCAGUUUUAGGAAAAGAUCUUGGUCAAAAGCCCGUUUUUCUAAAGAAGACUCAUGUAAAGAUGUUAACACAUAUUUAUAUUUUUAUAUAUGAAAAGUAUACCUUUGGAGACUGUGAAACCUUUUGUUUUUUUGGGGUGUGUGUGAAAUAAAAUAUCCAUGAGGCUUGUUCUGUUGCGUGGUUUCUGCCAUCCCCACUUUCUUUUUCUUACAAAGAACAGAACCCGCCCCCCCUGGGAACUGAGUUGGGAAUAUCUGCCUUUGAGGUUCUUUCUCUUAGCUAGCCAGUGAGCUUCCUUCCCACAGGGAUCUGCUAAGCAUCCUUGCUCUAUAAAGUAAGACCUGCCCAGUUGGGUGGCAAUUGCACUCUUGGGCUGACACAAGAGGAGGGAGUAAAUGUGAUACUUUCUAUGCAACCCUGUAAAGUUAUUGAAUGUAGCCAGGUGUUAUGUCCUGUCCUCCCCCAAACCUCCCACACUCCCCACACUGAGACAUAAAAGGGAAGAUGUUAUUUGGCUACUUGUGCUGCUGGAUCUUUUGUGCCAAAAUGGGAAAUGUCUCUUUGCCUUUCUUUAAAAGUGGGGGUGGGGGUGGGGUGUGUGUGUGUUUGAGAUGCACCAAUUUUGUGCUGAACCAUCUACAAGUCUAAAUAUUUUUCUUGGGAAAAUGUAUUAACAUUAGUGAAAAAAACAGAAUGGAAGAAGCUGACCCGCAGAUCACUUCAGUGAGCAGUCUUGUGCUAGAAAAUGGUCUUGUUUCCU